GUUGAAGAGGAGUAUGAGCCGCAAACGCCACCGUCAGCAGGUGCCCCAGAAUUGGACAUUGCGGAAUUUAUGGAGGAGGAUGAGUACCAAAUUGAGGAAGAUCCAGACGACACCGACUUACAAGACCUUGAGGAGGAGCCUGUGCCAGUUGUGAAGGAAGAGGCGCUCGUUGAAGAUGGAGCUGAAGAGGUCGAUGCGACCCUUCUCCACUGUGCCACCUUGGGCAUCGCCCUGGAGAACUUGCCUGCAAGCCCAUCUGACUGGCACAGGUUGAUCCGGUUGGCCUUCAAGCGUGCUGCUCGUGUCAGCCACCCUGACAAGAACCCUCAGGUUCACAGGGGCGCUGUGCAGGCAUGCAAAGAGGCCGAAGCCUAUUUGCUCGCUUGGGCCGAG